AUGGAUAGAUGCAAACAUGUUGGGCGGCUACGACUCGCCCAGGACCACUCGAUCCUGAACCCCCAGAAGUGGCACUGCGUGGACUGCCAGACAACAGAAUCCAUCUGGGCUUGUCUGAAGUGCUCCCACGUCGCCUGCGGGAGGUACAUCGAGGAGCAUGCACUUAAACACUUUGAGGAAACCAGGCAUCCCUUGGCGAUGGAGGUUAACGAUCUGUACGUCUUCUGUUACCUUUGUGAAGAUUACGUCUUGAAUGAUAACCCAGAGGGUGAUUUGAAAUUGCUGAGGAGUUCUCUGUCAGCAAUUAAAAGUCAAAAACAUGACCCGUCGACACGAAGUGGCAGGACAUUGCGAUCGAUGGCUUUGGGAGAGGACAUGUGCAGCCAUCAGAGGAGCCCUCAGGGACAAUCUCAGAUGCUUACAGCUCUCUGGCACAGGCGCCAGGCCUUGCUUGCAAAGGCACUGCGGACCUGGUUUGAUAAGAGCUCUAGAGGCCAGCUGAAAUUAAAGCAAAAGAAACAAAUGGAGGAGUUGGAGAAAAAGAAGGAGGCAGCCAGGCAGCGGCGGCAGGAGAUGAAGAGGCAGCUCCUGGAGGAGCUGGCAAACACCCCUCCCAGGAAGAGCGCGAGGCUGUUGUCACACGUGCACAGAGAGAACUUGAUUCCAAGGAAAUUCAGGGAGGUGGCGGCCGCUUCCCCUACCUCAAGGCAGAUGCAGAGCAGCAGGUUCAAACAGUUUUACUCCAUCCGGCGUAAGCCUCUGAUGACUCCCGGGGUGACGGGUCUGAGGAACCUGGGAAACACAUGUUACAUGAAUUCUAUUCUGCAAGUGCUAAGUCACCUCCAGAAAUUUAGAGAAUGUUUUUUGACACUUGAUCUCUGUGAAACAGAAGAACUCUUAGCCAAAACUGUGAAUGGGAAGUCUAGGAUGCCUGGCAAAUUGGCAAAUGGGGCUGCUGCUAAUGAGUCAGGGAAGACUGACAAAGUGGGAUCCUACGGCACGCAGAGCUUGCCAGCUGGCUUAAAUGGUGGCUCCUCAAUAAGCAGGAGUUUAGAACUGAUACAGCCCAAGGAACCAAGUUCAAAGCACAUCUCCCUCUGUCACGAAUUGCACACCCUCUUCAGAGUGAUGUGGUCUGGCAAGUGGGCCCUGGUGUCCCCCUUUGCCAUGCUGCACUCCGUGUGGAGCCUGAUCCCGGCGUUUCGAGGCUACGACCAGCAGGACGCUCAGGAAUUUCUCUGUGAGUUGUUGGAUAAAGUACAGCAGGAGCUGGAGUCGGAGGGAACGAAGCGCAGGAUCCUCAUCCCCUUCUCACAGAGGAAGCUCACCAAGCAGGUCCUGAAGGUGGUGAACACCAUUUUUCACGGGCAGUUGCUUAGUCAGGUCACCUGCAUAACGUGCAACUACAAAUCCAACACUGUUGAGCCCUUUUGGGAUCUCUCCCUGGAAUUCCCUGAGCGCUAUCACUCCAUUGAGAAGGGGAUUGUCCCUGUUAACCAGACAGAGUGCAUGCUGACCGAGAUGUUGGCCAAGUUCACCGAGACCGAAGCUCUGGAGGGGAGGAUUUACGCCUGCGAUCAGUGCAACAGUAAGUGA